AUGUUCGGGAAACCAGACAAAAUGGACGUUCGGUGCCACUCGGACACAGAGGCCGCCCGGGUCUCCAAGAACGCGCACAAGGAGAGUCGGGAGAGCAAGGGCGCGGAGGGGAACCUCCCCGCCGCCUUCCUCAAGGAGCCGCAAGGCGCCUUCUCUGCGUCGGGCGCCCAGGAAGAUUGUAACAAAAGUAAAGCCAAUUCAGCAGCCGACCCGGAUUACUGCCGCCGGAUCCUGGUCCGAGAUGCCAAGGGGUCCAUCCGAGAGAUCAUCCUCCCCAAAGGCCUGGACCUGGAUCGGCCCAAGAGGACACGCACGUCCUUCACUGCCGAGCAGCUCUACCGCCUGGAGAUGGAGUUCCAGCGCUGCCAGUACGUGGUUGGCCGAGAGAGAACGGAGCUCGCCCGGCAGCUCAACCUCUCCGAGACGCAGGUGAAGGUCUGGUUCCAGAACCGGCGCACGAAGCAAAAGAAGGACCAGGGCAAGGACUCGGAGCUGCGCUCGGUGGUGUCAGAGACCGCGGCCACGUGCAGCGUGCUGCGGCUGCUGGAGCAGGGCCGUCUGCUGUCGCCGCCAGGCCUGCCGGCGCUGCUGCCGCCCUGCGCCACGGGAGCGCUCGGCUCCGCGCUCCGCGGGCCCAGUCUGCCGGCCCUGGGCGCGGGCGCCGCCGCGGGCUCGGCCGCCGCCGCCGCCGCAGCCGCCGCCCCGGGUCCCGCCGGCGCCGCAUCCCCGCACCCGCCAGCCGUGGGCGGCGCUCCCGGCCCGGGGCCCACCGGGCCCGGGGGACUGCACGCGGGCGCACCGGCCGCCGGCCACGGCCUCUUCAGCCUGCCCGUGCCCUCGCUGCUCGGCUCCGUGGCCAGCCGCCUUUCCUCCGCCCCGUUGACAAUGGCCGGUUCGCUAGCCGGGAAUUUACAAGAACUCUCCGCCCGAUACCUGAGCUCCUCGGCCUUCGAGCCUUACUCCCGGACCAACAAUAAAGAAGGGGCCGAGAAAAAAGCGCUGGACUGA